AUCUCGGCCGUUACUGGGAUUUCUGCCUCACCUUGGACACCUUUUUUUUUUCGAGUCCUGUGACACCAUCAUCUAUUUCCCCAGCUUAUAUUGAUUUUCAGCGCCCUCUGGUUGUCGCUUGGUUGCUGCUUUGUCCUGAAGCUUUCCACAUGUCACGCUAGCCAGGCUGUUGCUGCAAGCCAACGAACUACAUUAGUUAGCGACGUCAACGCCCGCCGGCCUUUUUCUUCCAUUUCGAUACCGACUGUCCAGCUCGUCGCCGCAAGUGGCACGACUCAGCAUUGCGCUGCCAUAGCGCCAGCACUGACAAAAUACCAUUUCACUACUCGUUCGACAAAGGAACUGGAGGCAUGUCCAACAGGCAAAAGAUACUCAAUUCGAUUGACUACUGCAAAGCGGCCUGACUCCCCACCGUUCACUUGAAAAUUAUUUCACUCUACUCCGUAUCCUUCAACGCUAUCUUAGACUGCGUUUUUGCGAUUUUCACUUCCUUUGGUCUGCAUUCGAGCUUGGUUGCCUACGUGGGAAUUACACGUUACCGAAUCUCAAGCCCAAGGACUUCGUCGUUACCAUCUUCAACCCCCUCGAUCGCGAUUCACCCGCCCCGAAAUCACGUCGCUGCGGUCCCACCGACGCCCUCCCGUCUGCAACUUCACCCACGCAGACACGCCCAAUCAUGGCCCACUCCGAGUAUACAGCGACGACGGCUUACACUCGAAAGUUCCACUGGCCAGAGAUACAGCUGAACAUAUGGAUCCUCAUUGUGCUCACCGGGUCGGCAACAUGCCUUGGGAUAUUCAGCUGGUUUAUGGUCGUGCAGGCACAGAUGGAGCUGGUUGCGCCAUGGGUCUUCCCAUUCAUGGUUGCAAUAUCGGCCCUGGCAAUCAUCUUCAUCGGUCUAAUACUCGUACUCGCGUUCCAGGCUAAAUUAAUACCCGAAAUAAUAAUCCUUGGAUCGUUUGUCAACUUUGUGCUAUGGCUGACAGGCCUAAUCGGUACCUCGAUCCAGCUUUACGGCUCCAUCGCGAAUGUCAACUCUAAUUGCCAGAAUUACGUUGAAGCAAUGGAGUUCCGGGGAGCCAGUAUCAACACCUUGGCAUGGCUAACCCAGAUAAAUAUCUGCAAUUGCUGGAAGGCGGCCUUUUCGUUCCAGCUUGUCAACACAGUAUUUUUCAUCUGGAUGCUCUUCAUGGCUCUCCAAGUCCGCCGAGGCGAAUCCUGAUCCAAGCACAUUCUCCUAAUGACCUCUGACCUUUCACUCUUCGCACGUAUAUAUGAAAGCUACAUGAACGCUUAUCUAGGGAUAUUUUUUUUUUCUUUUUUCCUUUUUUUUGCUAGGCGGAAUCUGGAUGUGAUAUUGUUUCAAGGUGUCCUCCGGAGUUUAGGGGUAUACUGAAAAAUCCUCUUCCAAAUUUUUGCCUCUUAGCGAAUGAUCCCAGGCGUUUAUCGGCAUUCUUCUUGCAAUUAGAAAUUCGCCGAGUUUCUUUG